AGAAAACGACGACGUCACGCCAUCUAGACUCUGUACAAUCUACACAUACUUUUCCCUCAGUAAAUAUCAUACGCAAUCCGAGAUUGAAGUUCGUAGAGAUCGAGAUAUCAACACCAGCUUGGCUCGUACAAACCCAAAACCCCUGAGAGCUCGUCCAAGGCAUUGGGUCUCAUCUUGUCACCCAACGGCGCCACUUCACGGUCUAUGCCUCUAGAUGUCACCUCUUAUUCCUAGUACUUUUUAGUCGUCAUAGGAGAAAGCCUCAACAUGGCAUCACUCUCAGUACUUGGAUAUCCUGCAAGAUUCGCACCCGGCAAUAUUGGACCACUCUGGACUGCCCUCUUCUACGGAGUUCCAGUGAGCAACAUUGCCAUCCAUCUCGCCUGGCUGGCCGCGCUCCAUCCCAUUUUCUCUUCGCUCCCAAUAGACCGCAGGCGUCUUUCAGCAUUUCUUCACAAAUACUUUAUGCUCAGCUCAAGUAACCCCCGACUCCUCACCUUUUUUACCUCGGCUUUCAGUCACAUCCAGCCUUUACACCUCUUCGUCAAUAUGUCGACAUACAAAACUUAUGUCCAGUCGUUCUAUUUACUCAGUAUAUCGCCACUACGGUUCAUCGUGCUGUCUCUUGGGAGUGCAAUCACCGCUUGUCUUUGCCACAUUUUCAAUGCCAGGAGAGGACGAGGAGCAAAGAACAAUACCGAGAGGACGGCUGUUGGAGCAAGCGGAGCCUUGACUGGUCUCGGCACAGCUCUGGCGUUAAUGUUUCCCACGAUGAAAGUCCGCCUUUCCGGAACAAAUCAGGUUCUGCCCUUGCGUCUUGUUGUCUUGGGAAUGUUUGCCGUGGACGCCUACUGCCUGAGCAUGGAGCGAGACACUGGAGUGGGACAUGCCGGACACCUCGGAGGCGCAGCUUUUGGCUUGGCAUACUUCUUCUGGAGGAAAGCUACGGGUGCUUUUGCUUUGUAACCUCAAGCAAUCUACAUCUCGAAAUGCAGAGGCUAUGGGUAAAUAUGAAUAUUGAGAUCAACUCUAGCCGCCCAAGGUAUAUACAGGAGAAUGGUAUCCUGGUAACAAAAA